AUGGAAGUUCAAGUCUUCCAAGCUCUGGUCCACAUUUUGCGUGACAAACAAUUACUUGCUGAUUCAAGAGCUAUCUCAGUAGAAGAGAAAGUUGCUAUAUUCAUGAGGGAUCAGCUUCAGAUGCAAGGGUUCUACAAGAUUCACUCAAUCAUGGUUUUGAAGUACCUCCUGGAACCAGGCAGAGCUAGACAAAAGCCACGUGAUUACAAGGAGUUGUACAACCUUCGACAUGCACAGCUGCGAAACCAUAUUGAGAGAGCAAUUGAAAUAUUAAAAAAGAGAUUUCCUAUUCUGAGGACCGGCUCACACUACCCAGUUAAUAAACAAGUUGACAUAUCAGUUGCUUGUUGUGUUUUGCAGAAUUUCAUACGCCUACACAAUGGUGAUAUGUUGUGGCCAAAUAAUUCCAAUGCAGAGAUUGAUCCAGACCAGAUUGUUGAUGUGCCAAAUGGAGACCAAAACUACAUUGGUGAUAUACAGGCAUUUAAUAACUCCAGAGAAGCUGGAAACCGCAAGCGAGAUGACAUAGCACGGCGGAUGUGGGAUCAUUACAUAGCAUGA